UAACCAAUAAAUUUGUGAUCAGGAGAUGUCAGAUGACAGGAUAGCAAAGCUAUAUCCUCACGUCCCCGAGUCUCAACUCCCCCGAUCAUGGUCCAGCAAAGACAGAUGGCAGUUCAUCAAGCUAUCCAGAUGUAAUCUAAGAGUGCAUUAUAAUGGUCAAGGUAAAACGCACAAAGACGCUGCCAGUGUUCGGGCAACUCAUCCUAUACCUGCUGCUUGUGGUAUUUACUACUUUGAAGUGAAGAUCAUCAGCAAGGGGCGCGACGGGUUUAUGGGUAUUGGUCUAGCAGACAAGUCGGUAAACAUGAACAGAUUACCAGGCUGGGAGAAGGAUAGUUACGGUUACCAUGGUGACGAUGGUAACUCUUUUAGUUCUAGUGGGAAUGGAAAGAAAUACGGUCCAACCUUUACCACCGGCGAUAUCAUAGGAUGUUGUGUAAAUCUGAUAAACAAGACGGUGUUUUAUACCAAGAACGGUAUAAACCUUGGAGUAGCAUUCUUUGAUGUCCCGCUAGGGUUAUACCCCACAGUCGGCCUACAAACUCCUGGUGAAGUUGCUGACGCUAAUUUUGGUGACCGCCCAUUUGUAUUUGACAUUGAAGGCUACAUGGUAGAAUGCAGAACGAAACUGAGAAGAGAAAUACAAUCUCACAGUUCGCCCGUGCCACAUAGCGACAACAACGACCUUGACACGGUCCUCAAGAAAAUGGUGUUCGGAUACAUGGUGCAUCACGGGUAUUGUGGGGCUGCCGAGAACUUUGCUAAAGCUACAAACCUCUACUUUUUCGAGGAUAUUCCCUCGAUACAGAACCGACAGAGGGUACAGAAACUCAUAAUGAAGGGGCUGAUUGGAGACGCUAUAACGCUCGUUCAGGAGCUGUAUCCGUCGUUGCUUGGCAACAAGCCCGCACUGCUGUUCAAGCUACAGAUACGGAACUUUAUUGAGAUGAUAAACAAUUUGAACAGUAGCGAGAAGCAGUCACACCCCUACAGCAUUGCUAGUUUGAUGAAUGGUAGUGAGGAAGCUGAUGAGAAGAUGGAAGUAGAUCAGAAACCAGUAGAGAUAAAUGAAGGAGAAAGACAGCCCAGCCGGCAAGCAUUAGAACAACUCCUCCUGUUUGGGCGAGAGUUAGCCGCUCAAAACACACAAGAUGAAGAUCUCAAACGACAGUUGCAAGAAGCAUUCAGUUUGCUCGCAUACAGAGACCCCAAGCAGUCGCCGAUUGGAUACCUCUUACAUGCGGACCAGAGGGAACAGCUAUGCGGGGCUCUCAACAGCGCUAUUCUAGAAUCACACGGUUUACCGAGACAGCCCCCUCUGGAGAUGGCCAUAUCCCAAACUAAGAACACAGUGGGACGGAUGUUGGAGGAGGGACUAGGAGCAGGCGCCUACUGCGGACUUGAUCAGUUUCUCAAGUGCUCGUUAAAGCCACAAUGAAAGUGUUCCCAAUUCAAAACAACCAAAUCCUAGAGAAUUGCCGUCAUGAGACAAGACCAGCUACAGUAUUAAAGAUAAGAACUUCAAAGACUGAGGAGUGAAUUUAAUGUUUUAUCGAAAACAUUCAUCUUUAUUAGUGUAUUAUAGUACAAUGGGUGAUUUGUUUAAUUUGUAUUGAUCUGAUUAAUAACACGGGAUAAGCGUUUAACAUUUAUGGUAUGAAAUUUAUUACAGCGUUAUUUAAAUGAUGCUAUAAAUUUCAUCUAUUAAAUUUGAAGUCACACACCGUACCUGUUUUAUGACUUCAUUUUCGAAUUUGAAAUGAAAAAUUCAAUAUAGAAAUGCCGUGUUUAGUUGCCCGGUAAGUAAUUAGUUGUGGUCAAAGACAUCUCGUAACAUUUUGUCCAAUUAUACCAAGUGAGCAAAUAAUGAGAAUUUGCCAAUGACGUAAUUGUUUAUAAAUUUAGGCGAAAUCUGUUAAUCAGGCCAGUCAGAUAGGAGAUUAUUUUGAUAGCAAAAACCGACGCGUUGAUUUUUCAUCGUCAUACUUUGUGAUAACUGCCAACAUUUUCUCUGUUUCUCUAAAUUCUAAUAUUUAUCUUGGAAUUUUUUAUCUGAAAUCGACUUUACUGACUGAGCCCAUGUUUGAAGAUCUUAUUUCACGCCCUGAAUUUGGUAUCACCAUUAUAAUCUAAUUUGACAGAAUAUCGGACAUCGAAGUUUUCUGGAAUCGCUGAUAAAAAUAACCGUUUUUAACGAUUACGAAUGCCGAUUUGAUGGUAACCAAGGAUGCACACACAUAUUAUAAUUGGCUAGCUUAAUCUAAUAUAGGUUUUAAAACGGGCGCAUACUUUCCAAAAAAUACGUUAAUUGUUUUAUGAUAUUAUGCAGCUGGUGUUUGUUUAAAUUUAGUUUUUCGAUAUUAUUACACAUAUAUUGUAUACUUAAUAUUUGUUGAUUAUGAACGGACACGUUGUUGAGGUUAUAUUAAUUACAAAUGAAGGUUCUUGAAUAUUGGUUGAAGAACGAAAACACAUGAUCUAGGUUCUGGGUUACUUAACCCAACGUUUUGAUGUCAGCUUAAAAUAGACAGUGCAAUUGUUUGUGAAAUGGUUUUAUUGAGAACCACCAUACAUCAAUAACGCAACAAUUUUUGACAAACUGUCCAAAAGACUUCUUUGUAGAAUACUGUUCACGUAUCCAAAGAAGCAGAUUUUACAACUUGGUAAUCUUAUGAAGUUGUAGUAAGAUUGAAGCACCAUUUACAUACGAGAUAAGCCUUUUUCACAGUGGAUAUAUCUUGAUACCGAAGUUAAAUUGUGAUGAUAUCCCAUUUUUCAUUAUUACAACU